AUGAGAGACACUGUGGGCCUCUUCUCUUCACACAAGACAGUGGUAGCUGUCUUUAAAGGAUUCAGCAGCUUCACAAGAAAUUCGGCAUUGACAAUGUCGCAGGUAUCCAGUGUGUCAAUGUUUCGGGCAUUUUGUCUUAUUUCUGGGCUGCAUUUACAGAUGACAAUCCAGGCACUACAAGAUGAGCUCCGCAUUCAGAGAGAUUUGAACCAGCUUUUUCAACAAGACAGUAGUAAUCGUGCAAGUGAACCACUAACUUCUGAGUUGACUGAGGAGAAUUACCAAAGAUUACACACUGAACAUGAAAGACAAGCUAAGGAGCUCUUCUUGCUACGCAAGACUUUGGAAGAGAUGGAACUACGCAUUGACACCCAGAAGCAGACUCUAGCUGCCCGAGAUGAGUCUAUAAAGAAGCUGCUUGAGAUGCUGCAAAGCAAAGGACUGUCUGCUAAAGCCACAGAGGAAGAUCAUGAGCGCACAAGGCGCUUAGCAGAGGCAGAAAUGCACGUUCACCAUUUGGAAAGCCUUCUUGAUCAAAAAGAAAAAGAAACUGCUGCUCUUAGAGAGGAACUCCAUCGCCGAUACGAAGGUGCCCCAGAAUCUGCCAAGACUAAGGCUCUGCAAACUGUUAUUGAAAUGAAGGACACAAAGAUCAAUUCUCUGGAACGCGGAUUGCGGGAUCUGGAAGAAGAAGUACAGAUAUUAAAAUCAAAUGGUGCCUUGAGUACAGAGGAAAGGGAAGAAGAAAUUAAACAAAUGGAGGUUUACCGUAGCCAUUCCAAGUUCAUGAAAAAUAAGAUUGACCAGGUGAAGCAGGAACUGUCUCGGAAAGAUACAGAAUUACUAGCCCUCCAAACCAAGCUUGAAACUCUGACUAAUCAGUUCUCAGACAGCAAACAGCACAUAGAGGUCCUAAAAGAGUCUCUUACUGCUAAAGAACAACGAGCUGCUAUCCUACAGACAGAGGUGGAUGCCUUACGUCUGCGCCUUGAGGAAAAAGAAACCAUGCUCAACAAGAAGACUAAACAGAUCCAAGAGAUGGCUGAAGAAAAAGGCACUCUCAAUGGAGAAAUCCAUGAUCUGAAAGACAUGUUGGAUGUCAAGGAGCGGAAGGUCAAUGUCUUGCAGAAGAAGAUUGAAAAUCUUCAAGAGCAGCUGAGGGAUAAAGAGAAGCAAAUGACAAGUUUGAAGGAGCGGGUUAAGUCCUUACAAGCAGAUACCUCUAACACCGACACUGCUCUGGCUACAUUGGAGGAAGCAUUAGCUGAAAAGGAGCGCAUAAUUGAGAGACUAAAGGAACAAAGAGAUCGGGAUGAACGGGAGAAGACCGAGGAGAUUGAGAACACUAAAAAAGAAUUGAAAGAACUUAGAGAAAAAGUCAGCACACUGCAGGGAGAUCUGUCAGACAAGGAGACAUCUUUGUUAGAUUUGAAAGAACACGCUUCUUCACUUGCUUCCUCUGGUCUCAAGAAAGAUUCAAAAUUGAAGAGCCUUGAAAUAUCAUUGGAACAGAAAAAAGAAGAAUGUAUAAAAUUAGAAAUGCAGCUUAAGAAGCAUACUGAGCUCUUAUCAAGUCAUCCCUCCAAACUCGCCCAUGAGGCUACAGUUGAAGCUCGUGCCAAUACAGAGCUUUCUGAGCGAAUUCAUGCACUUGAGAAAGAAGUGGCACGGUACAAAGAAGAAGCCAGCAAAUCACAAGCUGAGGUGGACAGGCUACUAGAAAUCCUGAGGGAAAUGGAAAAUGAAAAAAAUGACAAAGAUAAGAAGAUACUGGAACUUGAAAGUGUGGCUUCAAGGCAGACGAAAGAUCAGAGCAAGAAGGUUGCUAGUCUGAAGCAUAAAGAGCAAGUUGAAAAGAAGAAGAAUGCUCAACUGAUGGAAGAAGCUCGUAAGCGAGAGGAUAAUAUAACCGAAAGUUCUCAACAGCUUCAGGACUCCUUACGCAUGAAAGAUGACCGAAUCGAGGAGCUAGAAGAAGCCCUAAGAGAAAGUGUUCAGAUCACAGCAGAACGGGAAAUGGUUCUUGCACAGGAGGAGGCUGCAAGGUCUCAUGCUGAGAAGCAGAUGGAGGAGCUUUUAACUGCCAUGGAGAAAGUCAAGCAAGAACUUGAGUCUAUGAAAGCUAAACUGUCUUCUACGCAGCAAUCUCUGGCUGAGAAAGAAGCUCAUCUAACCACACUUCGAGCAGAGCGUAGGAAACACCUGGAGGAGGUCCUUGAAAUGAAGCAGGAAGCCCUGCUGGCAGCCAUCAGUGAGAAAGAUGCAAACAUCGCCCUACUGGAGCUGUCAUCAUCCAAGAAGAAAAAAACUCAGGACGAAGUGGCUGCACUUAAAAGAGAAAAAGAUCGACUGGUACAGCAGUUGAAGCAGCAGACUCAGAAUCGAAUGAAAUUGAUGGCUGAUAAUUAUGAAGAUGACCACAUGAAGUCCAUUUCACAUUCAGACCAGACCAACCACAAGCCCUCUCCUGACCAGAUCAUCCCCCCACUUCUAGAUCUCUACCAGAACCACAGUAAACUGAAGCUGUAUAUUGGACACCUGACCUCACUCUGCCAGGACCGUGACCCCCAGAUUCUUCAGGGACUGACCCCACCCACCUCUUAUCAUCGUGAAAACAGAGCAGCUUGGGAGGAGGAGCUGCAGAAGAUGGGUCUAGAACAGUUGGAAGCUGAGCUAGAAAAAUGUGAGAAGGAAAGCACAGAGCUUCAAGAAUAUGCCAAUGCCAUCCUCCAGCAGAUAGCUGACCACUGUCCUGACAUUCUGGAGCAGGUUGUUAAUGCUCUGGAGGAGUCAUCCUAGUUCUUCUCAUAUCAAGACAUCAAGAAGCCCCAUUUUCUAUUCCGUGCCCUCCUUCACUCUGUUUCCUCAUUUUGUAGACUGUUCUAAUGUUUGGGUCAGUAUUGCAGCUGGGCUAACACUGUGCAUCUGUGAGUAUUCGUAGAAAAAUGUAGAGUGUAGGGCCGACUGUUAUUUACUCAGAUCCAAAUAAAUAAUAAUGGAUGCUUGGAUUGACAAGCAAUAACUGCAUAUUUGCAGCUGGAUGCAAAAAUCAAAAUGCUGAAAUCCUCUGCCUCUCAUUAGGACAAAGAUUGACAAUACUGGCCUUGCAAGGUGGUUUUCUUCUUUACUUUUGUUUUGACUAUCCUAUAGAUGAUUUUAGCAAGUAAAUUAUUUAAUACAGUCUUUAUUGAAAUAGAGAUAGUUUAAACAAAUUUGGAGAAAACCUCCACCCUGCAGACCUAAGGAGCUGUUUAACAGACACAAACACAUUCCCAGUGUCUACACAGCAGUCUUUCUGCUUAAACACAUAAAGCCGUUUAUGUAGUGCAGACAUGCUUAAUUAUGUGACAUAGGACUUUCAAUUAACAUGUAUAAAUCAGUCAUUAUACUUUUAUACUUAUCAAAGACCAAGACUGGUUAUUUAUUUGGUAUAUUGUUCAUAGUAGGACAAAAUACUUAUAGCCCCCAAAAGAAGACGCCUAUGUAGACCAGGAUCUCUCUGCCAUGUGAAAGUGCCACGUAGUGAUGUGUUGAUGGCAUUCCACGUUAAAGUUAAACCCAAAACAAACUACAUCUGGGGAGAAGAGCUGUGGCCAGAGUUGUCUGUUUAUGGGGUAUGUCACCUGGAGGUAGGACUUCAUCUAAAACAGGUAGACCAUCAUAGAGGUUCUUAGAGUUCUUCUACUGGGCACUACUAUUUCCCACACUUCAAUCAGUAUAAAACUUGGUGUUUGUAAAUGGAAAACUAGAAGACAAAUAAUAUAAUGAGGAUUUUUUCAGCUCUACCAGCAGUGAAAUAUAGGUGCCAGAUUUGCUCAUUUUGGAGUGUUUUUGUUCCAUUGUGAAUAAAUAAUAUCAUAAAUAAAGUUACAUGCCCUACUGUGGCACGGACCUUAUGGAGCAUAUGCAGUGAAAUUAAGAGCCUGCAUGCAUGCUUGUCUAGUCCUGGAUUAGUAACAUGCUUGUAUGUGUCUGAGGGGGCUGGAGCCAGUUAGAGAGGCAGUGGAUGGCAGUCUGGGAUUAAGCCAUCCUACCCACCUUGUCAAAGUGACAGUCGAUUUCCUUUGCACUCAUGAAAGCUUAUCUAAGUAGCUGUGUGUCACCAGCAUUCAUUUCAUUGCAGUUCUGGUUAAAUGGUACCAACAAGCGUCUAGGGGCUACAAAAAUUAUGCCAUUAGUCUUUUUCCUGCCAGUUUGGGGGCUUUUGUUCACAUAUGAAAUGUCACAUGUAAGAAGUGAUGGGAUUGUAAAUGGCUAUAAGAUGCUGUGUAAUUUAUUAGUUAUUGAACGUGUUAAAGCAUUAUCUGAACAACAAAAUUGCAGUAUCUACAGAUGAAAAAAAAGCCUGGUACCAGGCAUACUUCUGAAAAAAAUGCCAUUAAGGGUUUUGCUGCUAAUUUCUCAUUGAGCUUUGAUCUGUUAUUUCUUCUUUUUUUUCUAUAAAUAUUUAUAUAUAUAUAUGUUAAGAGUUACACAUUUUGCAUAUAUUUACAUAUUGCUAAUCCCUCUCAUAGCUCUUGGCAUGGACUUUCUUUUGUAAAUAGGAACUGUUAGUUGUUUUAGGUAGCUUAACUUUUAUAACAGGCACUUUAUUUAAAACAAAAACUAUAGGAGUAGAAAGGAGCCUAAAAAGUGCUAACAUAUGAUUGGUUAUCCUAUAUGAAAGGUUUUCUGAUACCCAAAGUACACAGUGUACUUGACAUGUACAUUACAGGCCAUGGUAGCAAUAAUUUUGUUCCCUUUUUGUCCUACAAAAGUUCAUUUCAAAGAGCGGCCUGAUUUGGGUUCAAGCACCAUGUCUGGUAAGCGCAUUUAGCAAAGGUCCCACAGGAAUGGGACAGUUUUCAAAGACUAUCCUGUUAUAAAUGGGUGUCUGUCCAGACCUCUCUUCUAAUGAGUAGGCCACAUUUGAAAUGGUUAUUGAGUGACACUAAAAGGCUUUAAGCUGUCUGUCUGUCUAUCUGCAGAUAGAAAUGCUUACUCUUUAUUGGCCAUUUCCCAGUAAUUUAACAGGAAGAUUAGAAUUGUGGAAUGGCCAGGCAAAGAUCACCUGUUAGCAAACAAACAUACAGUAUUUCCUGAAAUGUGUUAACUUAGAUACCCAGGCAGAUAGUUGAUGCAUGAUAAUAAAAGAAUCGGCUCCAGUGAUAUCACUGAAAUAAAAGGAGCCUUUGAAAUUUAUUACACUUGUGCUUAUCACCGGCAUUCUACAUUCCUCUGUCUAAUAAACGCAUAAUGGUGUUUUGAUUGCCCAAAUCACUAUGAUUAAAUUGAAUUGUACACGUUCUGUUUGUGACUGUGCUUAAGUUAAUCUUCAUGGGACAAAGCCAUCGACCCCAAGACCCAGUUCUCUCAUUUUCUGCCUACACAUCCUAGUGAGAGUCAGAGAACACAAACAGGAUGAGCACCAAUGGCCACACUUCCCAGUCACCAAUAGGAGUUCCCCACUCCUCCUCAGAGACAUUAUACCUUUACACUAAUAUCUAAAGUCACAUUCGCUACGAUUUGAUGAAAAUGGAAAGACAUUUGUCAGCCAGAUUUAGAUCUGACAAAAAGCAGAUAAUCUCUCCACUCCCGCAAAUGUUAUUUUCUGCCUCCAGAUUCAGUGGUGUGCUUCUAAGACAUUUUCGGUAAUUUGAAAAAUCGUAAAGCAUUAAUUGUUUAUAGACUAAUCUAUUUCUGUGACUUCACUGUCUUUAUUCCUUCCAGUAAAAUCUGCACUCAUCUCAGAAGCCUUCAAAUGAAAAGGGCAUCUUAAAACAUUGACAGCAGCUGAGGUGCUAUGACCUGUUGUUAAUUAUGUCGUGUCAUCCAUAUCAAAGAACAGGAGCGGAGUACACAAUUUAUCCACAAUCUCUCAUUUGCACGUGGCAGCAGCAGGAACCUAGCGUGAGGUGAUGGUUUAUUAUAUUAUAUAGAAUAAUGAUAAUAUAUAUAUAUAUAUAUAUAUAUAUAUAUAUAUAAUAUAAUAUAAUGUGGGGGUCAAUAAUGGCUUAACAAAUGUAGUCAACAAGUUGCUGACAAGCACCUUAUACAUCAAAAACACAAUCUCCAGUAGUGGUUUUGGAUAUUGCUUUCCAUUAAAGCUGCUUAUAUUCAGAUUAUGGAGUGGAAGCUAUCAACCAAGCCCAGUGCGUGAAAGUGAGCAGUGCUUGUAGGCUUCCGUGAAUCCUCUUUUUUUUUAAAUCAUCAGGAUGAGAUCAUAUCGUGCAGUAGCUAGUUGCUAUGUACUUCUUUCAUGACAAGCAGUGGAAAACAUUCCACGACGACUUUAUUGCCAGUAAUAAUCAUUCUAAAUGUGAAUGUAAGAGUCAAAGGUACUUUGUUAAUACUAACAAGAGGAUGACUUCUUACAGUUUACAGCCUUAUCGUGUGAAGAAAGAUAAUCCAAAGGAGAUUGGUCACACUAUUUAAAACAAGUUCAAGUCGCUCCCCUUCUUAGUCAGUCAGGACUUUGAACCAUUCUUUUUGGACAGCAGUGAAGGUCUCCUCCCUGGCCAUGGAGUUGUUGGUAUCUCCUGCCUAAAUGAAGUUCACAUCUGCACACACUGUAUGUUACUUCAACAUUUAAAUUCAUGUAAAGGUUCCCGCCCGGAAAAAAAACCCCCUAAAAGUGAGUUAUUAAAACACAAACAUUUGUAUUUCUGUAUUAUUUGACUAAUUGUUUAUUCAAGUGUACCACCCAGUACAGUUUUGUUUUUCUGUAUGUCUUGGCUCAGAUGUUUUCAAGCAGUGACAGUUUAUUACACUAGUCAUGUUGUUUUAUUUCACUGGUAAUGUCAUUUGUUUGGAGAAGUUUAAAAUGACUACUGCUCAAUUAUAUCUAAUCAACCUGUCAAAUCCUACAGAAUUUAGGCAAUUAAAUCCUGGAGUCCUUUGAAGAAUUCUGGUCUCCAUAGACACACACACACACACACACACACAGAGGACACAUAGGUGUGUGACCUUUGACCCUCUCCUCUAUGUCUCAUUCAUCUGUUGUAAGGCCAGCUCUUGCUAGCAUUUCUUUUCUCCCACCAUAAGGUUUUUUUUACAUGAAUAUUCCCCUUACACACAACGCCCUUUAGCCUUCCUUCACUUUUUUGCAAGAUGGUGAAUCAUUCACCUUUCAAUGCAUGGGCCUUAAAUGAAACAAAUUUUAUUUAAUGUGCUGCACCAAGUGAAAAAAGCAUUUAUGCUACCCGAUAUCAAAGGAAGUACAGGUCACCAUUUAUUAAACAAGAUUGCUGGAGGUUUUGUGGCGUGUAAGGCAUUUGGACAAAGAACCAUUCAUUGGCACUGUUCUUAAAUACAUUGCCAAAGCAGGGGGGAAAAAAGGCAAGCGAAAAACGACCGCUCUUUCAGGCAGCCAUGUUAUCCUGAACUUUCCCUUUUCUACGUUUUUUUCAGAUCACUAGAAAUUGGCACCAUUUAAGGCUAAUGAACAUGACUCAGUCACAGGAACGCAUCUUGCUUUGUUCUUUGAAAGGGAAACGCUGGUGUGCCUUAAACAGACCCAAAAAAAAAAAAAUCUGAAGUCCAUUUACAGCGUAUUGUCCAUUUCAUACUAGACAUCUCCUCUUAUACUGUGCCAUUAUUUAGUGGUGCAGGUUCUAAUGACCAGAAACACAAAAAAAUAAUAAAAAUACUCUUAUUUGCUGAAGAAGCUACCAGAAAUUCCUAGGAUUAAAGAAAGCAUGUACAAUAUAAUACUUGUUCCUCUUGAAUGUAAAUGACUCGGAGAAGACAACAUUAGGGUUUUGGAUGUUAUUGAUGAAUGCUAUCACUAUCUUUGGUUUGGUUUAUUUCUCUAUCUAGGGUGGUAUAAGGAUGAGUGGCCGCAGCACCUCUGAGUUUGUAUGUUCAUCUACAGGGGAUUUCUCUACUUGCAUCCUGAAUGUGGGCAGGUCAGAGUAACAGCCCAGCAUGUGUUCAGUGGUGUACUGGCAUUCCCCCUGGGACUUACCUUGUCUCCCACCAAAUUGAUCGGAAACCACACUUUAAUUAAAAAUACAGUAGCAGCCCUGGGUGGAGGGCAGACACACACUGUAGAAUGUUUGAUUUGGGUUGAAAUGAACGGCUUUGGAGCACGGGAGAAAUGUGACAAACUAGAAGGACAUGCAAACUCGACACAUCCUGCGACCAUGCCAGAAACUGAGAGUGGCUAUUUGCAGUAUGCCUGCUUCAAUAUGUAACACUGUCAGCAAAUGGAAUAUUACCUUUGGUGCUUUAGGAAAACAAAGUGUUAUAAAAUGGACUUCAGGGGUUUUACAGAGGUCAAUAGGUAGUAGUCCACGAAGUUGCUUUCUGGUGCUAUGGUCUUUUAAAGAAACGGGGAUUAAAAAAUGCCACCUUUGUGCCAGGUCAAGUCCCACAUCACUUAAAGCCAUUUGUCAGCACUGGUGUGGCACAUAUGUGGCAUCUGUCUGUCUGUUACAUAUACAGCUUCAACAAAGGGUUCUUAAAUGUUGUUAAUGUGACAUCCCAUUGGGAGGAUAAUUAACCUGAUGUUGUGAAUUUGAAUCUCACCCAUGAGCCGGUGUUGUGUCUCAAUGGUCCACAUUUCACAACGCAUUCGUCACUUCGAGAAGUUGCUCUCUGGUUUGCUUUUUUGUAUGUAAAUUCUUUCAGGAGAGACCAACCUUGUCUAGUAGUUGGCUAGUCUCAAAUUUUUAUAUUUUACUAAAAAAAAAUAAAUAAAUCGGGAGCAGGCCGCCAAGAAAUUAGUAGUGAAUACCACUAGACAAAUGUACAUGCAUAUUCAAUAUACAUAUAUAAAUAUAUAAAAAUAAAUAAAUGAAUAUAUACAGAGAAAGAUCUUUAGAUAGCUAGAUGUAGAUUCUAUUAUAAGCUUUUGCACAGAAUGUCAAAGGGGACAGAAGAAAUCCUUCUGAACAUAAAUGGUUUAAAAAAAAAAAAAGUCCUUUUCAACUAAAUUUCAAAUGUAACUGAAUUUAAAUGUCAAAACAACGUGUAAAACUUGGCAUUUUGAAACCGAUAUUGUGUGUUUGAUAAGUACUGUAACUCUGUACUUGGUAUCUAUAUUUUUUAUUUUGUUCAACAGCCUGGUGAUGACGAUGUUUGUGUGAUUCUGAGGCUGCGAUAGUGAAACUAAAAUGUGUUUUUAUAUAAACAGAAUUCAAAAUGACAAUAGUGUGUCAGAAAGAGACGAGCUCCAUGCCCACACUGUUUUAGGACUGCUACUUGGCAAAGACAUCUUCUUUUAAAGCUGAACUGCCAUCUUUGUUGGGAUUGCUGGUAAAGAAAGAAAGAAAAAGAAAAAAGAAGGAAAAAAAGAAUGAUCUGUUGUGUUUUUCCCUGCCACUAUGCCCAUUUAACUAAUAUACUGUGCAUAUAUAUUAUAUAAUAUAUAUAUAUUCCAAAAUAAUGCUGAUGAAAUAUUUCACUAGACGACCCAUAGUGUAUCAUUUGUAGUCCAUCCAUAGUAGUCUGAAAAUUGUACUUUGAACACCCGACGAUGCCACAACCAUGAAAGUGAAGCUAAACAAAGGCAGUGGCAGCUGUUUUUUGUUGGGUUUUUUUUUAAACUCAGAAUUUUCCUUUUGUCUCACGUUAUGGUUGUGCUUUCUUCUUGAUGUGUGUUAUACAGUUAAACUACACUCAACAUAAGUUGCAUGUUCGGCUUGCUCCAUGUAAAGUCUCCUUCACGGGAAGGAUGCCUCUUGGUUUUUGAACUGAGAGAAACUCUAAAGUUGUGAGGAACAGCAACACCAUGACAUGCCAUCCUAGUUGUCCCCAGCGGGUCGUGUCAGAGUGAAGGUGACCACACAUGUGCAAGUGUACAGCCUGCUAAUAAGAAGGGAGCGCCAUCAGCACACUCUCAGUGCUCCACUUCUCCUUGCAAACAUCUGUCUGGCCUGGUCACCUUCUGGAGAAUAAGCUUCACUAACAGUAGAAACAGGAGAAGGCAUCAGAAAUUGCAGACACAAUCUCUAAUGCCACUGUCUCUUAAUGACGGAGAUAAUAAAUUAGGCUAAAACUGGCAGCUCAGCUCAGCAUUGUUGUUCAACGUACAGGCACAAUGCUGGGCCACUGCCGUUCAUUUCUGUUUCAGUGAGAAGGCCACAGGCUACUGCAGUUUCACUUUCGGUGAACUGUACUUCCAUACCAAGCCCUGUACACAUUUUAUACUUGAGUUCAAUUCCUAGUCUGGCCCUGGUGCACACUUAGUUCAUUCUCAUGCUGCCCUUUCUGGACGACACACAAAACCAGGCCGUGGCAUAGCUGGAGAGUCUAAAACAUUGUGGCCAGGCUGGUAUUUUUUUAGGUGGCCCAGCAAUGAAGAAGACAGGCUCAGAAAAUGGAUGGACGUGUUAGCCAAUGCUGCCAAACAUAUGACCUCUCCCCUUCAGAAAUGGCGUAAAAUGGUGUAAAAACACUUUUACAACAACAACAAAAUUUCUCCUAGUGGAAAGACGUACAAGUAAUAAUUUAGGAGGACAUCCAUUUUCCUGACCCUGUAAUUCCAAGUCAGGUGGUUUACAGAGACAGCAGCAGACAUGAGGUGGGUGCCAACCCAAGAAGUGCUAUAAAGAAUAGUUUUUUAAUUUAACUUUAUCUUCUCAUUACUUGUAAACUCCUGCUUUCAAUAAAUAUCCAUGAAUCCUGCACAGCCUCCCCUAUUAAAAGCUGGGGCUUUGACUCCUCAUCUCUGUGCACUUCACAUGCUCUGCCCGGGUAUCCUGACGUCUUGUGGGCCAACUUAAGCAGCCCGUUUGGAUUGGGCAAAUGGCUGAGGAUGUGCACAGCUGGCAACACCACCUGCUGUUGCUGCCACCAGUGGCUGGCGGGGGGGGUGGGGUUGUGGAACGGGCUCAGCCACUAGUCAGGAGGAAUGCUCCAGAUGUAGGGAGUUCAUGUUAUACUUGGCUCGCAUGGGCCUUUCUCCUCCCAUUCACAUUAGCAAACAGCUAAGGCCGUCGAGCAGGAGUCCAGCACGAGUCUGUCCGCUUUAAUUGUCACCAACCUGCAGCUUCAGAAAGGAGUUUAGUACCUGCUUCUUUAGUGAGCCAGUCCCGUCCCGAGUGUCUUUCACAUACACAAUGGACGCUGAUUUGUAUAAAGAGCGAGUCUUUGCCAUUUCAUCCUAAAUGAUGAUCACAAGUCUUAGUCGCCCGUGUCCAUUACCCAGCACAUGCCUGCCCUGGACGACUUCUCCUUUCCUAUUUGGCCUCAGUGUAUUUCUCUACUAGCAAUCCUACUGUCUGUGUCUUAAGGGUCCAUAUUGUUUGGGUAUACUUUUUUAUAUUUACAAAAACAAAACAAAAAAAAAAAGGUGUGGAGCACUCGGUCACAUUUUUUUGCAAUUAAAAUUACUGCCUUUAUUCAUCUGUGAUAAAACUCUGGAAAUUUCCUGUAUAAAAUGACAUUGUAUUGUAUUCAUCUUGGCCUUUGUACAUAAACACUAAGUUAUCAGUC